AUGUCAACUGAUUUUGCCCUGGCGACCCAGUCGACGGCAGAUGCGGAGGCAAAAGCUGCGCAUUUUCAAGAAGAAGCGGCUUUCCAACACAGACGUGCCCUCGUUGCCGAGUCUGCAUUAGACGCCAAGGAGCACCAGCUGGAAUGUAUGCGCAACGAGCUUGAGUCCCAGAAAUCUUGCUUCACUAAGAAGCUGCGCAGAGCCGAGCAGGUGGACGCCCGCAAUUCCAGCAAGUCGAAUGAGAGGAACAUCGAGUUGGAGCACGAGCUGAGCGCCAGCCGAAAAGCGGCUUUCCAGCACGGACGUGCCCUCGUCGCUGAGUCCGCAUUGAACGCCAAGGAGCAGGAGCUGGAACGUAUGCGCAACAAACUUGAGUCCCAGAAGUCUUGCUUCACUAAGAAGCUGCGCAGAGCCAAGCGGGUGGACGCCCGCAAUUCCAGCAAGUCGAAUGAGAGGAACAUUGAGUUGGAGCACGAGCUGAGCCCCAGCCGUGCCCAAUACUCCGCCGUCUAUCACGGUCUGCGUGGGCUGAUCGACAGCUAUCCGGCUCCCAACGACAAGCACAAUGCCCAUCUUGGGGGCGACGGACGUCGCAACAGUCGCAUCGAUGCAUAG